UGUCAUGCUUUGCGAUCGCGCGUGUUGUCCGUGAUGGCGGCCCGAGUGCGGUUGAAGAUGCGCCGCGGCACCUGCGGCGUGUCGCCGCUCGCCGUUCUCCUCGCGGUGUGCGCUGUGUUGGCUCCUGCCACUGGGAUGUUCGAGCACCGGCACUGCGAUCACCAGCAUCCGCGGGCGCACGAGAUAAUUCACGGCGUACACAUCGAGCCAGCGCACGAAGUAAAGAAACGUAGCAUCAGUCAACCAGUACGCAUUCUGCUAUCUUACGACGAGAGCGUCUUUAGGCUGGACGACGAGAAGCUGGAUCUCAUUAACAAUACCAUUUUACCCGAGGCUGUGCACUUCUGGGAACGAGCAUUAAUGGUGCGGGAGACCAAGAGUACCAUUAGAUUGAACAGGAAAUGCGAGAGCAGUCAAGUUUUCGUCAAGGACCACCACACACACUGUAUAGAUACUUGCCGUCCUGUUACUAUGUGCGGUGAAGUACGCGUCCCGGAGGACCAUCUUGACGUUUGCAGAACGUGUAACGCGACGGGACAUAAUUGCGGAAUAGCUGAAGGGAGUAAAGCUGGUCCGGGAAUCGACGGUGCCGAUUUUGUCUUUUAUGUAUCCGCUAUGCAGACUGAAAGAUGUCACAAGGGCUUAACAGUAGCCUACGCUGCUCAUUGUCAACAGGAAGCAGCUUUGGAUCGACCGAUAGCUGGCCAUGCCAACCUAUGCCCGGGAAGCAUCAGCACGAAACCACAGGAGUUGGAAACGUUGCUCAGCACCGUUAAACACGAGAUCCUGCACGCUUUAGGAUUUUCCGUGAGCUUAUACGCUUUCUACAGAGACGAGAAUGGCGAGCCAAGGACGCCUAGAAGAAGCGAUACCGGGAAACCACCCCUUAAUGAAAAGUUACAAACGCACCAGUGGAGCGAGGACACGAUCAAAACCGUGGUCAGGCCUCGCUGGCAAGUGCACGGCGGUUACGUGCCGAGGACCAUGCAAAUGAUAGUCACGCCUCGGGUCCGCGCCGAGGUUCAAGCACACUUCAAUUGCCCGGAACUCGAGGGCGCAGAAUUGGAAGACCAGGGUGAGGACGGCACAGCCCUAACACAUUGGGAGAAACGCGUGUUUGAGAACGAAGCCAUGACAGGGACACACACGCAAAAUCCAGUUUACUCGAGGAUAACGCUCGCCCUUAUGGAAGAUACUGGUUGGUACAGCGCCAACUAUUCAAUGGCGCAAGAGCUAGGCUGGGGGAAAAAUCUGGGAUGCGAUUUCGCUAUGAAAUCCUGCAAGGAAUGGAUAUCCACCAAAUCGUCCAAGUUGUCAGGGAAGUCGAUACAUCCUUUUUGCAAUAAAGUGAAACAGGAUCCAUUGCAGACCGAAUGUACGGAUGAUCGGAGUUCAGUGGCCUUGUGUAACCUGGUGAAACACUCGCAACCGCUGCCCCAGAAAUACCAAAACUUCGAUUCAAUUCCCCACGUACCGCCGGGCGAGGAACAAUACUAUGGCGGCUCGGUAUCUCUGGCGGAUUACUGUCCUUACAUACAGGAAUUCACGUGGAGGGCGCGGAAUAUAGUAGUCAGGGGUUCUCACUGCCUUUACGAGGAGAAUAAUCCGCACCCGGACAAGAAUUUUGCAUUAGAGAAGUACGGUCCUCAUUCAAGGUGUUUUGACCACACUAAUGACAUGUGGGAAGAGAGAACUUGCAAACAAGCGCGUCAGUGGCAGCAUUGGGGCUCCGGUUGCUACUCGUAUAAGUGCGAAGCUGGGAGACUGCACAUUAUGGUCAGCAAUUAUACGUAUACUUGUUACCAUGCCGGACAGGAGAUCGUUAUAAGAAUUAUGCAGAAUGGCUGGUUGCAUAAAGGUGCUUUAAUUUGCCCCCCCUGCCGAGAUAUUUGUCAGGCGGAAUUUAAAGCAAGGAACGAGUGGUGUAAGCCAGGGGACGAACAUCCACCUUCGUAUUAUCACAAAGAUUAUCUUCAGUGUGCGUCCGCAGAUACGUUUAGCCUAAGUAUAUCAACGCUUAUUGUUGCAAUCGUAUCCUUCGUCGUUAGAUGAUAAAUUAUCAAUUUUAGUUGAUGUUUUAGCAUUAUUUAAAUGUAAAUACAUAAAUAUCGUUUAUUGACUUACGUAUCAUGUCAACAGCGAUAUUUUCAAUGUGUUCGAAAAUAUUCCAUUUCUCGCGACAGCGAUGUUAAUUUUCGUUAUUGAAAAACAUAAUGAAUAUUGGCC